AUGAGUUUCACCACCGCGGAAGUCCAACCCCGCUACCACCAACUCUUCACCGAGCUAGAGAACCGCUUCAAAACCACCAGCUUAGGCAACGACAAAUGGUACAUUCUAGCAAUCAGCACCCUAGUCGCCAGCCCCGACCCUGAGCGCGCCGACCAGCUCUACCUCUACCUCACCAAGCAAGCAAACUAUGCAACCUCACCAGCCCGCCAAGCCCUGAUCCGGCGACUGCGCGAGGCCCUCGUCAAAGCCGUGCCUAUCGUCGGAGUCUGCAAGCCCAUCGAGGCCAUCCUGGCAAUCAGCGAGGUCGAGCGCGACGAGGAUAAGGAUUACACCUUUACCCGCGAGAACUGGCAAUGCGACCAGGCCAACCACGAGCGCGGCACUGGGUGGUUGCAGAAGCUGUAUGCGCGCAACACGACCGACACGCUGGAUCUGUUCAGUGCUCAUAAGGAUUUCUCCUGGCUUUCUAAGGAGAUCACUUAUGGCUUGUUUUUGUCAGAUCGGCAGGUUUUGGAUGAUCUUGAUACGCAGCUCGUUGUGCUGCCGGGUAUUAUGAGUCAGAAUUUGCCAAAGGAGACUCAUUGGCAUAUUCGGGGCACGAGGCGUAUUGGUGUUCCUAAGGAGGAGGUGCAGGUUAUUUGGGAUUGUGUGCAGCUUGUGGCGAGGUUCUUUGAUGUUAAGCUUCAUAAGGUGCCGACUGUUGAUGCGGUGGAGUACGAUGUAUAA